AUCGAAUUCGAGUGCGAGAGGUUAUCGAUCGCGAAUCCACGGCAUGCACAAAAUGACGAAAUUGUGCUUUAUUGUUUUUCAGAUUGUUAGAUGAUGGUUGAGGAGCGCUCCAUGAAGUGAAUACUUCUCAGUGAGAUGGAGCAGGACGCCCCAUCAAAUCUACUGGCUCAGCUGCUAGUCAACGAAGCAGCGGGUCUUUCUUUCACUGCUCUUGCCCGUAAACUCCAACUCUCUCACAAUGGUCGUCUGGUGGCGGUCUUUGGUGCAGCUGAAGGUCAACAGACCCUCAAGGUUAUCCACGACAAGCCCUACCUGUGUACGCUCUGCGGGGCUUGCUUUACACACACAACACAACUCAGAUGUCAUGCUCAGGCAAAGCACAACUACAUGGAGAAUAUGUCCUCUGGAGGUGGGAGCCUUGGACUAGAGAGAGACCUAGACAUAAGUAGUCCUGGUCCUGCUUCGACUGUUGGACAGAGACGAUUAUCAAGUGAAACAAAUUACUCAGACGCCAACUUAAACUCUGAAAGCAGUGAACUAUUGAAGAGUGCAUUGGCCAGCAGUGAUUCACUGCCAUCAUUUUCUGAGGUGGAAAUGAAGAAGGCGAAGAGAGAGAGUGCAGUGUUGAGUGAUGGAGAAGUAGAAACGGACAGGGAAGGUUGUACCGGUGACCUUCCGGAGUGCACACACUGCUCCAAAAGCUUUGUUGGCCAAAAGAACCUGGAAGCCCAUGACAUCAAGCAUUGCGGGAAAGAGAUGCACAAGUGUUCUGCCUGUAAAAUUGCCUAUGUACCCAAGGUGAUAGGACCAAGCACCAGCGAGGAUCGACCUGAAGAAGCGGUGAAUCAGCAGUACCUGAUGAACUCUGAAGGUUCUAACUUCACUCACAAUCAUGACGAAGGGGAUGGUGCCAAGGUGGAUAUCGAGCUGGAGGAUGGACAGGGCAUCGAUUGCGUCCUUUGUGGAGAGACCUUUGGCAUCCUUCAACACAUCAUCACACACAUCCAUGCAUAUACCUCAUUCCCGUGCACCUUCUGCGAUGGCGAGUUUCCGUCCAUGAGAGACCUUGGUUGGCACUGCAAGCAGAAGCAUGAUCUGCUGUUGGUUCGUUGUCCGUUCUGCUCACGUGGCUUCAGAGAAUAUUCCCAUCUUGCAUUCCACAUGCGUGAGCACAAGGGCCACCUUUUCUGCAAGAUAUGUAAGGUGCAGUGUCUUUCACGAAACAGCUACAACAAGCACUUGGAGAUUCACGAGAUGAAUACAGGAGAGCUCGAAGAAUUGCCUGAGGAAGGGGAGGAUGACGAAAGUGAUGAGAUGAGCGAAGGCAGUUCUCAGAAGGAGAAAGAGAAGCACACAUGUCAUAUCUGCUCCAAGCCUUUCAAUUCAUUUUAUUCUAUCUUCCACCACAUGAGGAGAGAACACCCAAUGGAGUCUCUGCCUUCCUACAACCAGGAUCUCAUCAAACGCAGAUUUGUCUGCAAGAAAUGCGGCUUUGCCUUCCGCCGGAAAGACACCUUAGAACGCCAUGAGUUGAUCCACAAAAGAGGUGACUAUCCUCGACGGAGGCCGCCUUCAAAGCCUAUCAUCAAGCCAAGACCUGGAAACAUUCUGUGCACAAUUUGUAACAGAGCCUUCUCAAGGGCUACCAACCUUGAGGCGCAUAUGGAAGAGGCGCACCCAGAGGAGUGUGAUGAUGCUGUCAAAGGAAAAAAGAAAUACUGCUGUGAUCUGUGUGGUAAGCUACUGAUGAGCCAGAAGAGUCUCGACCGCCACAUCCUGGUACACCAGGAGCCAAAAUUCACCUGUCCCAUUUGCGACAAGAAGCUGAAGCAUGCUGAAACCCUGAAGACUCACAUGCGCACACAUACUGGGGAAAAGCCUUACAACUGUGACAUUUGCAACCAGUCCUUCGCACAGCGCUCUACAUACGUUCAACACAUGUGUAUUCAUUCAGGAGAACGCCCUCACGAGUGCGAUAUCUGCAACAAGAAGUUCAUUCGGAGGACAGAGCUGAGGGUUCAUCAGGCAAAGCACACCAGUAUGAGGCUGUUUCCAUGCAGCCACUGCAGCAAGACAUUCAAGACGGAAAAGCAUCGCAAGAUUCACGAGACGCAGCUGCACUCUGCAAAUGCACAGUCCUACAUGUGUGAGAAGUGCGGGAAAUCAUUUACCUGGGCAUCGGGUCUGAAGGCUCACGCCUGCAGUCAUAUUGGUGAGGCUCCUUACAAGUGCCAGGAAUGCGAUAAGUCAUUCUCUCAAGCUCUUUUCCUGAAGAGGCAUAUGCAUGUUCACACAAAGCCAUUUAAGUGUGAACAGUGCUAUGAAGGAUUCAAGAACAAGGCAGACCUGAAGAACCAUACAGCCAAGAUGCACGGAUCAGGCUCUCCAAGCAACCAGACGCAGAGCAUAGUCCCAACACAAGUCCAGGAACUGAUCUCGGACCAUAGCUGGAAAACCAACAAGAUGAUGUUGGAUAUGCCUGUGGACCCGAACAGUCCCCUAUCGAGUCCAAUGCCUGCUCCUGGUCCUAGUCAGCACACAGUUCCAAGUCAAAUUCAACAGCCCACCCUCCAACAAGGCCAAUCUCAUUCUCCACAGGUCCCAGUGUCGAUGCCUACCCAGGUCCAAGGAUCCAUCCCGCAUCAUGCUCAUGUGCAGCCGCAGGGUCAGAUACCAGCUCAAAUGCAAAGUCAGAUGCCACAAGGUCAAAUGUCAUCAUCUCUUACAAAUCAGGUUCACACUUCUGGUCAGGCUCAAAAUCAAGGACAUGUAAGGAUGUCUUACUCCAAUCGUGCUCUAAUGUCACUACCAAAUCAAGCCUCGAUGUCACUUCCUAACCAAGCCACUGCUUCUCAUUCGAAUCAAGUCUCGUUAUCUCAUUCAAACCAAAUACCAAUGUCCCUACCGAAUCAUAAUCCAAUGCCUCGGUCAAACCAAGGUGGACUGAUGUCUCUCUCCAACCCGGCCCAGAUGCACAGGAUGUCGCAUACAAUGUCCCAUCCCAAUCAGAUGCAGUCACCGCUCACCAAUCAAAUGCCUCCGUCCCACCAAGGCCUGCCACAGGUUCCACAUCGAACCCAGGUCCCGAAUCAUCAAGCGCCAAUGUCUCUUCCACAUCAAGGCCAAGCAUCUCUUCCAGGACAGGUCCAAGCCCCAAUGUCGGGUCCAGGUCAUGGUCCAGGUCUUGGCCAACCCCAUCAUCACUAUCUCCCGAAUCCAAUGAUGCAAGACCGGAACAUGUAUGCAGAGCAACAGUAUCAUGUCCAAGACUCGACAAACCAGGCCAUUGCAGCUAUGCUCACUCAUAUGUCUUCACUGUAACACAUAAUUACAGUGAGAGAGUAGUUGCUCCACAGUGAAUAUCUAUUUUCGAACAGUAAGUAUAUAUAUAUAUAUUUUGAAAGUUGAAAAUUAAGUACAUGUAGACGUAGCGGUAAUUGGUGGAGAAUGAAUUAUGUACUUAUCGUGAUUAUCUUGAAUCAAAAGUUUUUUUCUCUGAAUGCAAUGAUUACCAUUUGGUCUCAAAGAUUCUUUAUAGCAAGCUUCUAAAUUGCUUCAGGCUCAGUAUUAAAUAGAGGUCAGUUCCAUUAUAUUAAGUGAAAGUGAAUUUGUGUUUGGUUUGAACACUAUCAUUCAAGUCAAAACUAGGUAUUUGUAAUAAAGUAUAAUCAACAACUCAUUCAAAAAUGAUUUAUAUUUUGUACAUUACUGUAUGGUUUUUGUAAUCAAACUGAUGCAUGUGCCAGGCAAAUAUGUGUUUUACUUUUAUUUGUUUUUGCUUAUUACACAUGUAUUUAUUUAUUCAUUUGUUUUAUUGAUAUUUUCAACAUUCUUUGUAUUACUAGCGUUUACAGGAACACAGAUUGACUAUUUCAAUCAAAAUAACAUUAACAUCACACGUGUGAUAUUGCAUUUAAGUCUGGAGACUUAUGAUUUUAUUUUUUUAAGAGUUCCUGCAUUUUCAUUUUUGCUACAUACCUUUGUAAAAGGUAUUUUUUAUGAAAAGAUUUUUUUAAGUUUAAAAGGUUUAGACUUUUUAGUGUUGACUUGAUGAUGAUGAAUUUUACCAAACCUGGGAAGUAAUUGAAUUCUUAAUCAUUCUAAUUUUGUGAUAAAUAAUUUUAAAAAAAAUGUUGAAUAUAAAGUACUCAUUUUGCAAGCACUUCUUGACUUUUUCUGAACUAAAAAUUGUAUUGAUUGACUUAAGGCCACCGCACACCUUACGACUGUUCGUGAUCCGAUUUUGGAACAAAUCGCAUUUUGCUCAUUUUCUGAAAAUGUGAAUGAAACAUAUAAUUUUAUUUGAGGUUUAGAUUAAUUG